AUGAUGUUGAUGAUGCGCUCAAUUCUCGUCCUGUUGGUGUGCGUCGCCGUCGCCUCGCCAUGGGUGAUUUACCGCAAAAAUCAGAAGAAGAAGCUCAUUUGUCGGGAGGAAGCCGAAUGGAACGCGGCUUCGGCGUCGCCCAACUCCGCCACGGAACACAGCGAUUCGGCGGAGAGCAGCGAGCGAACGCCACGACGGUCUCGCCGCGACAUCGACGUCGAUCCGAUCCAUCGCGAGCCCAUCAUAUUUCUCGGCCCGCGCGGCAACAGCUCCGUCUUCAUCGACGACGGCGAUUUCGACAUCGUCUCCGAUCAUCUAUCAAAAAAAGAGCUCGAGUACGUCAAGAAGCGGAUAAUGGAGACGUGCAACGCGCUAAACUCGAACUAA